AUGGACCACAAAUCGGGCGAAAACUGUUUAAUGUGCGCGAGAAAGUCGCUCAAUUUUCACCGUAUUCUAGACGAGAACAACGAUACAGAUAAAAGCAGCCACAUUAGCGGUGUACUUUUCCAGCAUUUCUGGUUCCGGGAUGAUGACCUACGGGAUAAUGUCAUCUGCAAGAUUUGUUGGGAGAAGAUCAGUGAAUUUCACGAGUUCUACCUGGAUGUGGAGAAAUUGCACCAGCGGAGGGAACCCAUACCGGUGCCAGUGAUUGUCAAGGAAGAAGAGCAAGAGUUCAUUUUAGAAUUCGUCAAGACAGAAAGUUUUACAGAGAUAAAGCGAGAAUCGAGUCCGGAAGAGCAGGUUGUAACUUCCGCCGAUCAGCAAGAUUCCGAGCAAGAAGAGUUCUCCAACGAGGAGGUAACCCAUUCGGAGUACGAACCGAAAGUUGUCGAAGAGAAGCCCCGUGCGACGCGAGAGUAUACUAAAAGGACAGUAACUGGGCGGCAGAAAAAAAGCAAGAAUGACAAAGCUUCUUAUCCAUAUCCAUCAAAAACGCCACAAGAGCGCGAAGCAGAAGAUAUAUUCAUCAAACAGCACACGCGAUAUGUUUGCGAGAACUGCAAUGUUGAGUUUGAACAUUUUCACGUAUUUCAGAGGCACUGCUCACAGAUACACAAAAAGGAGGGUUUCAUAACGUGUUGCGGUGUUCGAUACCGGAUGCGGUCCAUGCUUUAUCAACAUGUUCAGUUUGUCAUGAAUCCGGAUGCGUUCAAGUGUGAGAUUUGUGAAAAAACUUAUAAGAAUCGGUUCGGCUACAACCGCCAUAAAAAAGAGAGUCAUGCUACAGAGUUGGAACGUGCCUUUCAAUGCCACCGCUGUCCCAAGUCCUUCGUCAGGGAACGUGCCUUGGAGAAACACCUCUCCGAUCACGAAACGUUAGAUAACGGGACGGCAAAGUGUGAAACGUGCGGCAAAUGUUUUAGCAACAUUAACGUCCUGAAGAAUCAUAUCAAGUAUCGUCACAUCAAACAGAUGCAAUACAUUUGCGAUGUAUGUUCGAAGCAAUUCUAUAUGCGAUCAAUGUUUAUGACUCAUCGCAAGACGCACGAAGUGCCCGCGGAAGAGCUGCGCAAGCAAUGUCCGGUUUGUUCAAAAUGGUGCAAAAAUCAUGACUACUGGCGCAUCCACGUGCGUCAACACAAGAACGAAGGGGAGCUAAGCUGCGAGGCGUGCGGUCACAUCUCUCCCAAUCUAGUGGCUUUGAGGCGUCACAAGGCACGGAUGCACUUGGGACCACGUGUUUUUCCCUGUACGCUCUGUGGGAAGGAAUAUUCGCGUGCAAGCACCCUCAAGGAACAUGUCGCUGCGGUCCACACGAGAGACGGACUCUGUUACUGUCCACACUGUGAGAAACCGUUCAGCUCGAGUGCAAAUAUGCACACCCACCGGAAAAAGAUACACCCGAAGGAAUGGCUCGAGCAGCGGUUGGCCAGAUACGCCAACAAGGACGCUGUGCCGGAUACUACAGCUCGGUCGCAGAAUGAGGCGAUGUUUGCGGAAUAA